AUAGCCUAAAUGUGAGUUUCGUGUGACUUUGUUCAUACGUUAGAAUUUGUUAGAUUUGAUGGUUUUAAAGUGAAGCUAAAACUUAAAAUGGACGAAGUCGCUAAAUUAGAGCAUCUUUCGCUCGUGUCUAAAAUAUGCACCGAGCUAGACAACCAUUUAGGUUUGAACGACAAGGAUUUAGCGGAAUUCAUCAUCGAUUUGGCUGAUAAGAAUCCAACAUUUGAAACUUUUAAAGUAGCAUUGGUUGAAAAUGGGGCUGAAUUUUCUGAUUCCUUCAUGACAAAUCUACUCCGUAUAAUACAGCACAUGAAACCUGUGAAUACAUCAACAUUGAUUAAAAAUAUUGCCGAAACUGAAAGUGAAAAUCCUCUGGCAAAAAAGUUUCCGGGCUUGGCCAUACCAAAUGAUAAACCUCAAUCUUUUUCUGAUGAAAGUAGUGAUGAUGAAAAAGACAAAAAGAGAAUAACAGCCAAAGACUUAUUUACAGAAGAAAUUAAACCAAGUUCUACUGAUAAUGUUGUUGAUUUGGCGAUGGCUGAAUUGGAAGCUUUAGCACCUUCCAAUUCUACAACAAAUGAACUUCCUACAGGAAAAGAACCCCUAAAAAUUGAGAGUAGUAGAAAUAGUGAUCACAAAGAAAAGAAUAAAUCAGAAGAAUCUAGAGAUAAAGAGAGUAGGAGUCGAAAUCCUAAAAGAAGCAGAAGUAGGGAAUGUAAAAGAAGCAGAAGUACACAGAACACAGAUAAAUAUAAACUAGAAGAAUCGCGAGAUAGAAAAAGGCGAAGUAGAAGUCGAGAUCGUAAAAGAAGUAGGAGUCGAGAUAGAAAAAGAAGUAGGAGCCGAGAUCAUAGAAGAAGUAGGAGUAGAGAUUAUAAAAGAAGUAGAAGUAGGGAACGUAAAAGAAGUAGAAGUAAAGGUAAGAGAAGUCGUAGUCGGGAUAGGAGAAGCAAAAGUCAAGACAGAGACCGUAGAAGAAGAUCACACAGUCGACAUCGUCACAGAUCCAGGUCUAGGGACAGGCGUAGAUCUUAUUCAAAAAGUAGAAGAUCAGUAUCAGGUGGCAGAAGAUCUCGUUCAAGAAAUAGAGAAGAAAAAUUUGAUUAUGGCAAGAAAAGCAGAAAACGCAGCCCUGAAGUAGAAUUGAACGAUGAUCCUGAACCAGGAAAAAUAUACAGUGGCCGUGUUGCAAACAUUGUACCAUUCGGCUGUUUUGUUCAAAUUGAAGGAGUCAGAAAAAGGUGGGAAGGAUUGGUGCAUAUCUCACAGCUGCGAGCUGAGGGUCGUGUCACCAAUGUAUCUGAUGUUGUCAAUAGAGGUGAUAAAGUUAAGGUCAAAGUAAUCUCAAUAACAGGACAGAAAGUUUCUCUCACAAUGAAGGAUGUUUGUCAAGAGACCGGGAAGGAUCUCAAUCCAGCAUCCCAUGCUCACCUGGAAGCAGAACGUGAGGGCCGAAACCCUGAUCGCCCUCCACCAGCAGCAACUGUGUUAGCCGGGCUCCAAGGUGGAAUAGACCCUGAUGAGGAUUCUAGUAGGAAGAGGGUGACAAGGAUAUCUAGUCCUGAGAGAUGGGAGAUCAAACAGAUGAUUUCAUCAGGCGUAAUUGAUAAGAGUGAAUUACCAGAUUUUGACGAGGAGACUGGUUUACUUCCAAAAGAUGAAGAUGGCGAGGCAGACAUUGAAAUAGAGCUAGUGGAAGAAGAACCUCCUUUCCUCCAGGGUCAUGGCAGAGCCCUUCACGAUCUUUCUCCAGUAAGGAUAGUUAAGAAUCCCGAUGGCUCCCUUGCACAAGCAGCCAUGAUGCAGUCCGCAUUGGCCAAAGAGAGGAGAGAGCAGAAGAUGAUCCAACGGGAGCAGGAAAUGGACAGCGUACCUACUGGUCUAAAUAAAAACUGGAUAGAUCCGCUACCUGAGUCCGAGGGUCGAACGUUAGCGGCCAACAUGCGAGGCGCGGGCGUGGUCCCUCAAGACUUGCCAGAAUGGAAAAAACACGUCAUCGGUGGAAAAAAAUCCUCAUUUGGAAAGAAAACGAAUUUAUCCCUGCUCGAGCAGAGGCAAUCGCUGCCCAUAUACAAGCUUAGAGAUGAACUAACUAAGGCCGUGUCCGACAACCAGAUUCUGAUCGUGAUCGGCGAGACGGGGUCGGGCAAGACGACGCAGAUAACGCAGUACGUGUGCGAGUGCGGGCUGGCGGCGCGCGGCAAGGUGGCGUGCACGCAGCCGCGCCGCGUGGCCGCCAUGUCCGUGGCCAAGCGCGUCGCCGAGGAGUUCGGCUGCCGGCUGGGCCAGGAGGUGGGCUACACCAUACGCUUCGAGGACUGCACCAGCCCCGACACUGUCAUCAAAUACAUGACGGACGGCAUGCUGCUCCGCGAGUGCCUCAUGGACCUGGACCUGAAGGCGUACUCGGUGAUCAUGCUGGACGAGGCGCACGAGCGCACCAUCCACACCGACGUGCUGUUCGGUCUGCUGAAGCAGGCCGUGCAGAAGCGUCCCGAACUCAAGCUCAUCGUCACGUCGGCCACGCUCGACGCCGUCAAGUUCUCGCAGUACUUCUUCGAGGCCCCGAUCUUCACCAUCCCCGGUCGGACCUUCCCCGUCGAAGUCUUGUACACCAAGGAACCGGAGACGGACUAUUUGGACGCCUCACUGAUCACGGUCAUGCAGAUCCACCUGAGGGAGCCCCCGGGGGAUAUCCUGCUGUUCCUCACUGGCCAAGAAGAGAUCGACACGGCGUGUGAGAUAUUGUACGAGAGAAUGAAGUCCUUGGGUCCGGACGUGCCCGAGCUGAUAAUUCUGCCGGUGUACUCUGCGCUGCCGUCCGAGAUGCAGACCCGGAUCUUCGAGCCGGCGCCCCCCGGGUCCAGGAAGGUGGUGAUCGCCACCAACAUCGCGGAGACGUCGCUGACCAUCGACGGUAUAUACUACGUGGUGGACCCUGGCUUCGUUAAGCAGAAAGUCUACAACUCGAAGACUGGAAUGGAUUCGUUGGUUGUAACUCCUAUAUCGCAGGCGGCGGCGAAGCAGCGCGCCGGGCGGGCGGGCCGCACCGGGCCGGGCAAGUGCUACCGGCUGUACACGGAGCGAGCCUACCGCGACGAGAUGCUGCCCACGCCCGUGCCCGAGAUACAGCGGACCAACCUCGCCACCACCGUAUUACAAUUGAAAACAAUGGGUAUAAACGAUUUGCUGCAUUUCGACUUCAUGGACGCCCCGCCGGUCGAGUCGCUCAUCAUGGCGCUGGAGCAGCUGCACUCGCUGUCCGCACUCGACUCCGAGGGACUCCUCACGAGGCUGGGACGCAGAAUGGCCGAAUUUCCACUAGAGCCAAAUCUAUCGAAGAUCCUGAUCAUGUCGGUGGCCCUGCAGUGCUCGGAUGAAAUACUCACAAUAGUGUCGAUGCUGAGCGUCCAAAACGUUUUCUACCGGCCGAAGGACAAACAGGCGCUUGCCGACCAGAAGAAGGCCAAGUUCAACCAGCCGGAAGGCGACCACCUGACGCUACUGGCCGUGUACAACAGCUGGAGGAAUAACAAGUUCUCGAACGCGUGGUGCUACGAAAACUUCGUGCAGAUCAGGACGUUGAAGCGGGCCCAGGACGUGAGGAAGCAGCUUCUCGGGAUCAUGGACAGACACAAAUUAGACGUAGUUUCAGCCGGUAAGAAUACAGUUCGCAUACAGAAGACGAUAUGCUCGGGCUUCUUCAGGAACGCGGCCAAGAAGGAUCCCCAGGAAGGAUACAGGACGCUCGUGGACAGUCAAGUUGUUUAUAUACAUCCUUCCAGUGCACUGUUCAACAGACAACCGGAAUGGGUAAUCUACCAUGAGCUAGUACAGACUACGAAAGAGUACAUGAGGGAAGUCACGACCAUAGACCCGAAAUGGCUGGUAGAGUUUGCUCCCGCCUUCUUUAAAUUCUCGGACCCAACAAAACUGUCUAAAUUUAAGAAGAACCAGAGACUGGAACCAUUGUACAACAAAUAUGAGGAGCCGAACGCUUGGAGAAUAUCGAGAGUCAGACGCAGAAGAAAUUAGUGGUGUUGUUUAUGUCUGUGUACGUCUUGUACAGAUAAUAAAAAUAAAAUCAUAAU